CCAUGGUGCAAGCGGUGCAGCGAUGGUAUCAUGAUGCCAAAGUGUGCAUGGAUUUUUGCGGACGAUCCGGUCAGGGAGCACGAAAUCAAGGGACAUUGGGGAAAUCCUCUGAGCGUCUACGCCAAAGACCGCAAUGCGAUGCCCAAUGGUUUCCGCCACGAAGUGAUGAUCCGCCGCCUGGCUCUGCGCCUGGAUGAAGGGACGCCCGGGACGCCCGGGACGCCCGGGACGCCCGGGUCGCCCGGGUCCUUGGCUGUGCGCGUGGCAUUGAGACAGGAGAAUGGCAGAGUUCCAGGAUGGGCUUGGCCAGAAGAGGGCCUUCCUGUUCGCUUGGUGCUGAAGACAUCUUUGUUCGAGUUGCAGGAGCUGUUCAGUGUCCAGGUUUCGUUGACACACACAUCACCCGUCGCCUCAGUGUCUCUACCCUUCUUUGAGAGGGCAGAGGUGUUGAUAGCCGAGUCUCUGGGCAAAGCCCAAGUGCUGAGCGCUUUCGCUCGCCUUGAGGCGACCAGGUAUGGCCUUCUGUUCCCACUGCCUCACAAGCUGCGGGAAGCUAGUUCGCUGGAGUUUUGCUUCAGCAAACCGAAUCCUCAGUUCAUCUUGCCGAUGGCAGUCCCUCCUCCAGAAGUGGAUGACAUCGAGUUUCACGACCCCAACUGCUGGGCAUCCACAGGCGUUGAUAUUUGGGAUCCAGGCUUGGUCCUGGCGGCUGCCCUUCCGCAGCUCUUGGAUACAUCAAGGCCCUUGACAGUCUUGGAGUUGGGCGCUGGACUAUCACUUGCCGGUCUUGUGGCAGCCCUUCUAGGCCAUGAUUGUGUGUCCACCGAUGCCGACAAUACCAUUGCUGCAGCCCAUGCCAGUGGCGCCGCAAACGCCGAGCUCUUGGAGUCGGCCAGCGGCUGCCGUUGGAAGGCAGAGGUGAUAGACUGGAGGUCACCACCAGAGUGGGUCAUGGACAGGCAGUGGGAUGUCCUGCUGGGUGGUGAUUUGGGCUGGUCUGCUGCCCGUGAGUUUGCCUUGACCCGGGGCCUGGAGCAGAUGCUGCAAAACCCUUUGCUUCGUUUGCUGUCACGUUUGCGCUUUGAUACCUUCCUGCUGGCGGAGCGAGAGCGUGAUUUAGAGGCCACCGAGGAUUUUUUCCAAGCUCUGGAGUGUUGCGGCUUCGAAACCCACCGGCUCCCGGUGCCUAAGAGUGCAUCCAAUGGUCCCCUGACGGAUGCGGUGGACAUCAGCCUGUGGAGUGUUCGCCACGUGUGCCUCCUUGAGGUUCCAGCCAUAUCAGCUGGUGGCGCAGCGGCAUGUCUUGCAGAGUACUUGGCCAAGCAAUUGUGGCUCUGUGAUGCGCAGCUGGUGGAAGUGGGCAAAGGUGCUCUGAAGCCUCUGCUAGAAGCGAAGGGGCGGCCAAGGCACCAAAAUGUGAAAGAUCUGGAGCACUUGGACCCCGCCAGAUGUCAACCGCGGCUCCUAUUGCUGUCCGAGCGGUUGCUGCCAACUGCCCUGCUGAAAUGCUUUGCUGAGAGGCGAAGCCCCAAACGGACAAGGUUGUUGGUGGCACAUGACGACUUAGAGCCAGCUAUGAACGAGUUCCUUCAAGAAGCUCUCCAGCAGGGCUUCACCUUCCACGUCCUCGCCAGACAUCAAAGUGAAACGACCAUUGGGAUCUAUGCCAUCGAUUGGAACGAGCCCUCACUUCAUAUCUCGUCCUUCCAAGAUGCGGUGAGCAUUGCGCUUCGUUUCCCCACAGCCUGGGCCGCGGAGACAUCGGAGAUGGUCCAACGCUGCGAGAUUUGGACCUCGGAACAUGAGAUUUGCUUCGCCGCCGAGGACUUCGGAUGGAGGAAACGUGCCAAGCUUCCACGCGAAGUGGACGUGAACUGUGAAGACAACUGGUGCAAGUGGCGAAAGACUUGCAAAACUCUGGAGAUCAAGUUGCGGUGCAAACGAUCACUGAGAGAUGGAUAA